UGCGCGAAAACCAGGACCGUGGGAGCAUACGUGUAGCCGAAAAUGGAGGGAAAGGAAGAACGGUAUAAAAUGGCGUUGAGUUCAGCCAUUUUUUUUUCGGUGGAGGCCUCGGAGAUCAGACCGGACAUCAAUUCUUUAACAAAUUUCCGGAGGCCACUUGAAUCCCACCGUAGGUCCUCCUUCCCAAGCACCGUUGGUGAGAAUUUCAUUUCCAUUUUUUUUUUUUUCCAAAUUUUCAAUCGAUUUCAGAUUGAUUUUUUGGGCUGAGGAUUUCACCACCGGAGUUUGUGGACGGAGGUAUCUGUUUGUUUUUAGGGGCGUCGUUGGGGAUUUCUUCUAAUUUUUAGUGUCGAGAGAUUAAUAAGAAUGGUUUCGGGGCAAGUGAUGUUGCCUGUUUGUGAAACUUUGUGUUUCUUUUGCCCUGCUUUGCGUGCGAGGUCGAGGCAUCCCAUCAAGCGCUAUAAGAAGCUUCUCGCCGAUAUCUUUCCUCGUUCUCAGGAUGAAGAACCCAAUGACAGACAGAUUAAUAAAUUAUGUGAAUAUGUGUCCAAAAAUCCUUUUCGUAUUCCCAAGAUCACAAGUUAUCUUGAGCAUAAAUUUUACAGGGAAUUGCGAAAUGGGCAACUUCACUCCGUGAAGAUCAUCAUAUGUAUCUACAGAAAGCUGUUGGUUUCCUGUAAAGCGCAAAUGCCUCUAUUUGCAAGUAGUUUGCUUGGCAUCAUCCACGUUCUACUAGAUCAAGCACGUCAUGAUGAAUUGCGAAUUUUAGGAUGCCGAGCUCUCUUUGAUUUCAUUAAUAACCAAAGGGAUGGUACUUAUAUGUUUAACUUAGAUGGAAUGAUUCCCAAACUCUGCCUUUUAGGGCAAGAAAUAGGGGAGGAACAGAGAGAAAAACAAAUGCGUUCAGCUGGCCUUCAAGCCCUCUCAUCUAUGAUUUGGUUUAUGGGUGAAUUUUCCAAUAUAUCAGCAGAAUUUGACAAUGUUAUAUCUGUUGUCUUGGAUAAUUAUGGGGAUCUUGAAAAUUAUGCCUGUUCUUCUGGCCAUGAUGAGCAAGAUACUCAGGAUGUCACUGCAGCAGUUUCCCAUUCACGUGAACACAUAACAAGGAUGUGUUCAUGGAGGAUGAUAGUAACUGAAAAGGGAGAAAUUGUUGUAUCCCUGGAAGACGCUCAGAACCCAGAAUUUUGGUCCAGGGUUUGCCUACGUAACCUUGCUAAGUUGGCUAAAGAAGUUACAACAAUGCGACGUGUCUUUGAAUGUUUCUUCCGUUAUUUUGAUAACGGAAAUCUUUGGUCUCCAAAACUUGGGAUUGGUCUUUCUGUCUUAAUGGAUAUGCAAUUGAUAAUGGAGAAUUUAGGGCACAACUCCCACUUCAUGCUUGCAAUUCUCAUCAAACACCUAGAUCACAAGAAUGUUUUAAAAAAUCCUACCAUGCAGAUUGACAUUGUUAAUAUCGCCACCUCCCUUGCUAAGCAUUCAGAUGCUCAACCAUCAGUGGCCAUCAUUGGUGCGCUAAGUGAUACAAUGAGACAUCUUCGAAAAAGUAUACAUUGCUCCCUUGAUGAUGCUAACUUGGGGGUGGAAGUUGUACAAUGGAACCAAAAAAACCAAGCUUCAAUUGAUGCUUGCCUCGUGGAGUUGUCGAAAAAGGUUGGAGAUGCAGGUCUUAUUCUAGAGAUGAUGGCUGCAAUGCUAGAAAAAUUGUCCAAUAUUCCUGUGAUGGCCAAAACAUUGAUUUCUACUGUCUUCCGUACAGCUCAAAUUGUUGCAUCAAUACCAAAUUUGGUGUAUCAAGAUAAGGCUUUUCCUGAGGCAUUAUUUCAUCAAUUACUACUGGCAAUGGUUUGCUCAGACCAUGAAACCAGAGUUGGUGCCCACCGCAUAUUUUCUGUUGUUCUUGUUCCAUCAUCUGUCUGCCCACGUCCUCAUGCUUCUAUUCUCCACUCCACAAAGCCCGCUUAUAUUCAAAGGACACUGUCAAGAACUGUUUCUGUGUUUUCCUCUUCUGCAGCACUUUUUCAGAAAGUGAAAGUUGAGCAUUAUUCUGUAGAAGAGAACAUCAUCUUGAGGGUGGCUGAAAAGCCUAUUAUUAAACAGGUUACAAAGGUUGAAAGUGAGUCCAUUUUGAACAGGCUGAAGUCAAGUUACAGCCGAGUUUACACUGUAAAAAAGGAUCCAUCAAUUCUAGCUACAGAUUCAAUUUUAGAUGACGAUGAUCCAAAGCUCAACAAUAAUACUAUGCUGAAUAGACUGAAGUCAGGUUACAGCCGAGCUUAUAGUGUGAAAAUGUAUCCACCUAGUAUGGUUGCUAAUGAGAAAGAUUUGAGAAGUGCAGAAAAGGAACAGACGAUGUUCCUUAGGCUAAGCAGCCGCCAGAUUACCACUUUGCUCUCAUCAAUAUGGGCACAAUCUAUCUCUCCUCUAAACAAACCUGAAAACUAUGAAGCAAUUGCUCAUACUUACUGCCUGGUGUUGCUAUUUGCACGGACUAAGCGCUCAAGGCAUGAGACGCUCAUUCGAAGUUACCAACUUGCAUUUUCCUUGCGGAGCAUUUCCCUUUCUGGAGGCCAGUUGCGACCAUCACAGCGUAGAUCCCUUUUUAUGUUGGCAACAUCGAUGAUCAUCUUCACAUCAAAAGCUUACAACAUCAUGCCUCUUGUCCCUCGUGCUAAAGCUGCCCUUACUAGUGAAACAGUUGACCCCUUUCUAGAGUUGGUAGAAGAUUGCAAGUUACAGGUUGUUAAUUUAGGACAAGACAAUCCCAAACAGGUUUAUGGAUCAAAAGAAGACAAUGAAAAUGCUGCGAAGUCACUUUCAGCAGUUGAUCAAAGUGAAAGCCAAUCUAAAACGUCAUUUGCUAAGCUAAUUUUGCAAACAUGCGAAAAUAUGUCAGAACAGAAUGAGCUACCAUCCAUCAGAGAGCAACUACUCCAAGAUUUUUUACCAGAUGAUGCAUGUCCGUUAGGAGCUCAGUUAUUUGUCACACCAGGAGAAAUAUAUAAAUGUGGACCCUUGAAGGAAGAAACAUCUGACUUGGUUGAUAAUGGUAACUUAUGCGACGAACCUCAAAGUCAGAAUGAGCUUGAGAUAGAGAACCCCUUGGAAAGUCCAACUGUCAUGAGUGCUGAUGAACUUUUGAAGUUGGUUUCCAACAUAUCAAAUCAAGUAGGAAGAACAUCAGGCUCCUUCCCGGUAAAUGUGCCUUACAAAGAUAUGGCUAGCAACUGUGAGGCCCUUUUAGAAGGAAAGCAGCAAAAUUUAUCAAAUUUUACGAACUCUCAACCAAGUGAAGGGCAACGUCCAGUUAAAACUUCCACCCAUGGUGGCAACAAUCAGAGAAAGGAAGAGUCUUCACGGCGUCGAGUUCACUUCUGUGUAAAUACGAGCGAAAACCCAUUCAUGGACUCAGAUUUUCCCAAGUACCGGCAUUCCACUAAAGACAUCCUUCCUAGGGUUUGUUCGAUCGAGUACCAACACUAUCCCCACCUCUUUCAACUACCACCUUCAAGCCCAUAUGAUAACUUUCUAAAGGCAGCUGGGUGUUAAGUUAAACCAUGGAAUGGAUAUGAAAAUGAGUACUUAGGGGACACUUCUAGGAUAUUUCGAUGAAUGGAAUGGCUAUAAAUUUCAAGGUGAGCGAGCUAGCUAGCAACAAAAUUUCAAGGUCUGCUGCUGCUACUACAUUCAUCUUCUCAUUGAAUGAAGAUAUUUGUGCAAAUUUUUGCCAUUGUUUUUGUAUAUAUUAUCCAUUUGAUUCAUUGCUGGCACGUUCUUCAUGGCGAUGCUCAAAUAGUGUGUUUUUCAUUGGCUUCCUUCAGCUGCGCUCACAGAUUGUUGAAAUUGAAACCCUCCAUUGGUGGUACCCCUAGAUUUGGAUGGAUAGAUAUUAGGUUUUUAGAUGGGGUUGGGCAUUAUCUGUCCGUGGAUUUGUCCAAAGAGAGCAUUCUUAGGUGGUGUGCCUUUGAUUUGGGCUUGUAAGGAAGGUUCCAUUUGUAAAAAUUUGUGAUAUUUGUGAUAUAAAUAAUAUAGGAUUAUACUGUA